AUGAGAACUCCAAAUAGCGUCCGAGUCGGUCAAGCAACCGUAGGAGAAGACGGCAGUUCCGUCCGCAGCGGCGUAACCGUCAUCCUCCCCCGCGCCCCAGACGACAUCUCCAUCCCCUGCUACGCUGGAAUGCACACACUGAACGGCAACGGUGAAGUCAGCGGAUCCUACCAGAUCAAAGACUGGGGCUUCACCAAUAUGCCUAUUGCGCUUACCAACUCGACUAGUUUCGGGACUGUGUUUCAGCAGAUUUGGGAAUGGACGUUGAAGAAUGCUCGUGAUAAAGGCACGUCGUUGGAGACGAUGAGCCAUAAUUAUGGGACGCCGGUUGUGGCUGAGACGGCGGAUUGGUGGUUGAAUGAUGUGCAUAAGGCGGGGUUGAAGCCGGAGACUGUGCAGGAGGCUUUUGAGAAUGCGGUGACGCAGGAGGAGGUUUUGGAAGGGCAGAAUGGUGGUGGGGCGGGGAUGACUUGUCAUAUGUUUCCUGGUGGGACGGGGACGAGUUCGAGGGUUGUGAAGGGUGGUGAAGGAAGUGAGGGUGUGGAGUACACGGUUGGGGUUUUGUGUCAGAGCAAUUAUGGACAUACACAUGAUAUGCAGAUUGGAGGAGUUCCUGUAGGAAAACUGAUUUUGAAGGAGAAGGGAUCACCCGUUCAUAUGCCAGAGUCAGCAAAGGAAACCGAGGUCAAAGGAGGCAAAGCGGAUGACGGAAGUAUCGUUAUCAUUCUCAUUACCGACGCCCCCAUGCUCCCCCACCAACUGGUCCGCCUCUCUCGCCAUUGCGCCGUCGGACUCACACAAGUCGGCGGCCACGGCGUAGGAACCAACUUCUCAGGCGACAUCAUCCUCUCCCUGUCCACCGGUAACAGGCCCAACGAACGUGUACUCAACACUCCCAAGAACGGUAUUUCCGUCAUUGAGAGCAACGAUAUCAAGAUCAUCAAGAAUGAGAGUAUGGAUACUAUGUUCCGUGCUGCGAGUGAGGCGACUGAGGAGGCGAUUUUGAACUCUCUUGUUGCUGGGAGGGAGGGGAGAACUGGUCACAAAGGGAUUAGGUUGGAUGGGUUUCCAGUUGAACUUGUGGGUGAGCUGUUGGAGAAGUACAGAAUCACUAUUUGA